AUGGCCACUUCUUUUAGCCCCCAGCCUUCUUUUCAUCUGUGCCCCGACUUCAGCAUCGCACCGCCGCCAAAGGGUCAUCUUAAACUGGGCUCUGUACUGCGGGGUCUUGAUCAUAACAGCGUCUUCUCGCCACUUGACAUUGGCGACACUGUCGAGGUCCCUGACUCGCAGCUGUUCCCACUCGACAAACCCUCCGAGAAGACCGGCUUCACUCGCAGUCUCAGAGAGCUCCGAGGCCUUGAGGGCAGCAUUUGGGCAAAAGUCUUUGGCAGCGAUGGGUUGGGUGCAAUGUUCUCUUUUUUGCGCAACCGCGAGAACGACGAGAUCCUGACAGUCAAGAAACUGUUUGUCCAAUACUUUAUCCCUACGUCCGAAUACAUGAAGAACGCUCUCCAGAUUGAUGGUGUAGCCUUCCACAUCGAUAAUACGAAGCAUAAAAAGCCAGUGUACUUGGUGACUGGGUUGAUGUGGACUGCUGGAGCCAAGCUCUCCAAAGUUCAGUCCAAGAAGAACAAAGUCAGUGGACACGCUGCGGCAACGGACCCAUACUCGGGCACCACGGCGGGCGCGAAGGGAGCGUACGAAAGUGAGGAGGUACUCGCCACGAGUUUUGACGGCUCAACGCCUUUCAUUCUCGGGAUUCGAGUUCGAAAGAUCUGGUGGGACAAGAGCAGUGUGAGACACGACACUGAAGAUAUCGUUGGAGCAACACUUGGCGAGUGCAAAUCGAAAGACGACGGCAUCCUUGAUGGGAUCAAGUUCGUUGACGAUGAAGAUAGCAGCGCGAUGAGACAAUUUGUCACAUAUGAGACGGCAGAGGAACAUUCCGUGACUUGGAUUCUGACUUAA